UGCAGCUCUCUCUGCCUCCCUCCCCCAGCCACCACUUCCUCCUCCUGCACUCAGCAUCUCAGGCCGCUCCACGAGGGCUCCCUUCUGACUACGGCACGAAAAGCCGCCGGGCGGGCAGAUAACCGGACUACAAUGAAUGUGGAACAUGAAAUUAACCUCUUAGUUGAGGAGAUUCGGCGGCUGGGGACCAAAAAUGCUGAUGGAAAGCUGAGUGUGAAGUUUGGUGUGCUCUUUGCUGAUGAAAAAUGUGCCAACCUCUUUGAAGCCCUAGUGGGCACUCUUAAGGCUGCAAAACGAAGGAAGAUUGUUACUUACUCAGGAGAGUUACUUUUACAAGGUGUUCAUGACAAUGUUGAUAUUUUGUUACUGCAGGAUUAAUGCAGUUUGCACUUCUCCUGUGUAUUAAUUAAUUUGUUUCAGGUAAAUGAUAUGCAGGCAUUUCAGAUCAAGGCAAAUCAUCCUAGCGUGUUUUGAUGUAUUUUUCUAUAACUUUAUAGUAAAAAGAAGACUGUCUUAUUUUGGAAAAUAUUCCUUUUUGUAUUCCUUCUGUGAACAUUACUGUAAAUGAUUGUAAGGUAAAGGACAAAAAAAUCCGUCUUUUUAACUCAGGUAAUGCAUUUUUAAAAUGUAUCUUUCAGUUAUUGUCACCAUGAAAGAAGAGACAGAACUGGUAACUUAUCUGUGUUUACAAACCAAAAUCUGCAGUGAAAGUAUAAAAUAAAACAU